UUGAAAAUUUAAAAAUGGCGGGGAUUUGGUGUCAAUCUACUCUGUGUGAAGAGAGGCAUUUUACAACCUUUCGGUCGAUGAUCACCAUGAAGAAAUGAAUAUUUCUCAUUAAUGAUUUUUUUAUAAUUUGAAGAAUGGAAGAGAAUAAGGAAAAUAUAAAUGACGUUAGCUGUGAAGUUGUAACGAGUCUGAGGAGUACAACGGAAAGACGAGUUUGUUUGUGACUUUCUGCAAAAUGGAGCAUUCUAGACAGAUACUCUCUCUAACAAGCGCUGCUGUGAAUGCACUGUCGGGCGUUCAAGACUUCCACAAGGGAAAAAAGCCUGAAAUAAAAGGAGGGUUGCCACAAGGAACUUCCACACCACCCAAACGACAAGAUGCCAAUCAACCAGUUUCAUCCAUGAAUCCGUCUGUUGCUACUUCCACAACGAAUGACAGAGUUGUUGACUAUGUCAGCGGCGACUUACAGGACCAGUCUUCAUCGUCACCUCUUGAUCUGACUUUCAAUGGAACUCAGAGAGUGCGAGUACCUUCAAAAUUGCUUCGUGAAAUAAAGUCUCCAAUGGAGAGGAGUUCCUCGUCUGGCGAUUCCAGACAAACUUCAAGGGAAAUGGACAGAGUCGAAGAGCAAAUUGUAACUAGACUGUCUCCAGUAAAAGUUGUCAGACAUGUAAAUGGUCCUUCAGCCUGGGUUGAGUCAAACUCAACUGAUCAGCCUUCCAGUCACACUUCUUCAGAACCUGUUAUUAGAGAACAUUUUGUGAAUGGUAAGAUGAAUGGAGUGGAUUCUCACAGACCUAAAGAUAGGAUUCUGAUCACAAAACAAACACCUCAAGUCACAGCACAACAUCUUGAGUAUGAAGCUCAUGCAGACAAAGCCUAUGAAGGAAAAAAGAGUAUUCCCACCAAAGGCUUGUAUCAAGGACAGCCUAAGAUUGGAGUCCCAAUUCUCAAUCCUGGAGAAGAAAAUGCAAGUGAUGUCAAGAUCAAACGGUUUGUUUUGAAUGACAAAGAAAAGGCUCUAAAAGAACAGUUCUUGAAAAGAAAAGAUGAAAGAAGGCCAGCCAAGAAACUGGUUCAGCCCACUGUAGUAUCACAGGCUGGAGAGACAAAUAACACACAAGGUGUAGUGAGCAGUGACAACCCUGUAGUCACUGCGGCAGCAAUUGCUGCUGCUGCUGCAUCAGCAGCAACUGGACCUUUCCUACAGUUGCAGCAUUCCUUGGAAGCUCAGAUUUCUGCUCUUGUAAACAACUUACAAGUUCUGCAACAGAAUCAAAACAGUCAACAGGAGUUACAGGACAAAGAAAAGGAGCAGAAACUACAACAACAGCUUGAAGAACGACUGAAGAGGCUUGAAGAUCUACAAGCCAAGAUGCUGGAGACCCAAGUACAUUCAGCACCAGUCUCCUAUCCAACUGGCAAACAACAAACAACUGCAACAGCACUUCCAUCCACCUGUAUGAACACUAAUAUGCUACCUGUGAGUCAUACGGCCACUGUGGCAACCACUGCGUACCAGCCAGCUCAUGUUGCAUCAUCUUACCACAGUGCAUCAAGAAUAUCAGGGCAGGAUGAAUUUGCUCAACCACAAUACACUGUAGCUGGACACUAUCAACCUUACACUGCCGUCAAACCUUCAUAUGAGCCUAAGAGUCAUUUGCUGUCUCCAAGUGUUAUACCAGCCUUUGAAAAAGAAAAAGUUGUAAAAAAUACCAGGACGCAAACCUCUCCUCAAAAUUCGAUGUCCUCGGAAGACUCCCCGCUCCAGACUCCUCUCCCUCGCAAACGACCCCCCGUUCCAAUCUCUCGCUAUGACCGCGUUAAAGGCCCUCGUUCUGAUGUUAAUACAAGGGUGGAGAAAAAAGCCCGCGUCCGUUUCGAACCAGAAGUGUCUCCUAGUUUACUGUCUUAUAAAAAAGAUCUUACACACAAAGGCCGAGGACUCUUAAGCGAACUUAUUUCCCACAAUGGAGUAAAUAGAAAUGAAGUUCUUGGAAAAGAAAAUCGCACACUGAUUGACAGUCCUUUUUUUGUUUCCUUUAGUGCUGACACUCUUCUGCUUAGGCCAGAGACAGAAGCAUUGUCAAGUGAUGUUGGAAAAAUCAAAACUGAACUCAGAGACAUUCUGGCUGAGACAGAGAGACUUAAACAAGAGCUGACUCAACACCAGCUAGUCAGGGGUGACCCAAACUCUGGUGUACUGCAAGUGGUACCUAUUGGUGAUGGUCCUUCACCUUUAGAUGAAUAUUUGGAAACCACACAUAAAUCACACCUGCCAAGAAAACCUGUGACAUCAAGACCAUCAGGCUUUCUGCCAUCAAAGUCAGCGCACUACUUAGCUGAUGCAGAACACCUCCUCCAAGAUGUCCAGUAUCGACGACAAAAUCUGGACAACAAUUUGCAAUCUCUGAUAAGACGAAGAGAAGAACACGAUUUGUACAAUUUUGUGGAUAGCAUUCCUUCAUCUAAUGGCGAAGUUGAUGAGAUGCUGAGAAUAAGGAGAGAGGUGGAUGACAAGAUAAAAGAGAUGAACUCUGCAGUGCAGAGGGAAAUUGAUCUUGAGGGAAAAGGUGCUCUGGAGCAAAAACAGCAUUCAGUUUCCUUGAAGAAGCAAAAUUCUCAACCACAGAAGGCAAUAUCAUCAGGGACAAAGAGAGUGGAACCAAGAGUUAUAGCAAGGUCUACUGUGACAGGAAAUAAAUCAGGGGGUAAAAGUACUGGGAAGGAAAAUUUACCACAGAAAACUGCUGUCAGGAGAGGCAAGUCUACAAAAAGCCAAGUCCCUUCCAGACAGCCUGCCAGAGUGACACCAGCGCAGAAGGAAGUGUACCUCUCAAGUGUUUAUGGCCGCCAACCUCACUAUCCACAGAGGACGACGUCCAAGGCACCAUACCUACACUACCAGUCUCCUGUGAACCCCAAGACUGCUGCAGUAAUGGCAGGGAUCAUGGCCGGUGACAGCAAGCUUCCUGGAAAACCUGCUGUGCAGGAUUUGACCAGCUUUCUAGGACAAGAAUUAACAGAACCCAAUGGACCAAAGGCUGAUGCCAGGAAACCUGUGCACGGUUCUGAUGGGAAACCUUUCAAACAAAAAGAAGACAUGCAAUAUUUCUUUCACCCGAGGGUGGACUUGUCACAGGUUGGCGAGGGGAUGUCUCGGGUUGGCGUGCCAUUGGAGGGACAAUUAGUGCCUAUGGCUAUACCCCUGGGGAGACCCAAGACUAAUCCAGCAUUACGACCUCCCAUUGUCACGCAACAGCCACAAUACACAACUCAUGAAGAAGGUAAUAUUCCAUUUUGUUGACAGCCCCAAAUUGUCACGCAACAGCCACAAUACACAACUCAUGAAGAAGGUAAUAUUCCAUUUUGUUGACAGCCCCAAAUUGUCACGCAACAGCCACAAUACACAACUCAUGAAGAAGGUAAUAUUCCAUUUUGUUGACAGCCCCAAAUUGUCACGCAACAGCCACAAUACACAACUCAUGAAGAAGGUAAUAUUCCAUUUUGUUGACAGCCCCAAAUUGUCACGCAACAGCCACAAUACACAACUCAUGAAGAAGGUAAUAUUCCAUUUUGUUGACAGCCCCAAAUUGUCACGCAACAGCCACAAUACACAACUCAUGAAGAAGGUAAUAUUCCAUUUUGUUGACAGCCCCAAAUUGUCACGCAACAGCCACAAUACACAACUCAUGAAGAAGGUAAUAUUCCAUUUUGUUGACAGCCCCAAAUUGUCACGCAACAGCCACAAUA